AUGAAGACAACCACCAUCAGUGCAAUCAUCGGCUGCUUUGUGGGUGAAAGCAGAGAUCUCUCGGCAAGCAACCAGUCACCAUUUAUCAACUUCGGCUUCCUGGAGCCCAAACAAAAAUGGGGAGAUUCAAAGGCCGCAGCGCAGUUGCAUGUACUACAAGCCCAGCCAUGCGGAAGAUGCGCAACCCGCAACCAGGAAUGCAUCUACCCCGAUAAAAAGACCUAUGUGACUGUCCCUGAGACGUACUUGAGGAAACUGGAAAGCGCAGUUGCCAGCUCUCACACAUCUCCAUCUCUUGCCACCAAUUUUAGCGAUGCAAGACCUGAGUAUUCGGCGAGCUCCCAAAGUCCCCAGGAUCCAGGCCCCGAAUCUGAGAACAGGGUAGCGGCCAGGGCUGCCAUGCUGGAUGACUGCAGUAACGAACGUUUCGUCCAUGACCUGAGGCAGUUGACCAUACCCGAGAGCCCGGGCAGACUGCGAGAAUCGAGCGGAUACACAUAUGUGGCCCUCAAGUUCGACUUUCUUGAGCCGAGGAUGGUUAUUAAAUUGCCGCCUCAACCAUUGGCGGUACAAUUGCUGAACACAUUUGAGGAGAUAUUUUGUGAUUAUCACUGGUUCUUACGAAGAGACUUUCGGGAACGAGUAGCCCUAAUAUAUUCCGAUCCUGAUAACCAAUUAAAAGACAGAUGUUGGCUAGCACGAGCAUCUCUUGUCUUCGCCCUCGGUACGACAUUCAUCCAUGGGCCCCAAGGGUUAACUGGCAACUCAUCGUCAAGGCCAUCUGACGUCCCAUUACCCCCCGGAUCAGACAUGUUUGAACAGGCUGUUGCGCUGCUCAAUGUUUCUUCAGAAGAGCCGACAACGGAAGAUAUCGAGGCACUAAACUUGAUGGCGUUUUAUUGCUAUUGUCUGAAUCGCCGCAGAAUGGCCUAUAAAUAUGCAACACAAAGUCUAGCCGUCGCCAAACUUCUUUAUCUUGACAAAGCACCCGUCUCGUCGCCGAAUACAGAACAGCAAGUGUUGCUAGAGCAUAAAAAGCGACUCUGGUGGACUUCGUUUUGCAUGGAGAGAAUGGUUGUAGCAGAGUUAGGUAUAUCUCCAGCCCAUGGACGAAGCAACCUGGGACUUGCACUGCCCACGGCAGAGAAUAUUCCUGAAUCUGAGCUGAAUCAGUUCUUUGAUUCAAGAGUGCUGUCUCUGCAGACUGAGAUGUGCGAGAUUAAAUGCCAGAUAAUCGAGGCAGUGAGCCACUUGCGGCAAGUUUCAGACUUGGAGACGAUGCUCUUUGAGCUAUGGCCAUGCCUAAGUACUCUCCAGUCCUGGAGACAGCAUGUUCCCUCAUCAAUCUCCUUUGACUUCACAAAAGGGGUGCCAGUAGAGAUGAUUUACCUCCCAUGUGCUCGUGGACUCGCCUCCCUCUACCUUCGGUAUCAUCAGUGUUUCACUGUUAUCUUACGACCUCUUUUCUCCAAAGAGCUAUCUCUUAUUCUGCAAGGUGCAGACCCGAAGCAGUUUGAGUCUGGACUGACGAUGACACAACGUCAACGCAUCCAGGUGUUGAAAAGAGAGGGCCUCCAAGCUGCGAGAAAUAACUGCAGAAUCUUGUUGGAUCUUGUAGCUCGCGGGAAACUAGCCAAAUUCGGAUACUGGGACUCGGUCCACGCCUUCAGCAGCCUCUCCAUCAUGUCCAUCUCGCGAGCCGUAGCGCCCGAUCUCAGUGAAAGCCCACAAUACAACGAUGAUGCAUACUUGUAUUCCCAGUGCCGCGUCAUGCUGAAGGACAUGGCCGAGGCGGGGAACCCUGCGUCAAAGGAUCACCACCUUCUCCUCGCGGACGUUGAGAACAUUGUGCAGAACCUGACAGGGAGCGCCGCCCAGGAGAAAUCUGCAGAGAGGCCGGUGGAGGUGGAGACGAUGACCCCCUCGCUCGACCUCGGAGAACAUUUGUGGUCAGAUGCGGAUUGGGUCAAUUUUUUGAAUACAUAUUCAAAUACAAUGUGA